AUGAUAUUAUUUCAUGCCCUGUAUGUUAUUUGGGUAUUUCUAUUCCUUCCUUUACUCAAUGCAGAGGAAUUCAUCCCCAAAGUAACGGAGACUCUUUCAGAAUAUACAUUCAGUCUAGUGGGUUUUGAUGACUCCAACACUUUGAUCAGAUUAGACAAUAGGGCAGUGUGGAUAAGUUUCGAUGCUGGAGAAAAUUGGGAAACGGUCAAAGAAAUUAAAGAGCGUAUUUUUCGAUUAGUCAUUGAUCCUUUACAUGGACAGGACAGGGCUUUUGCUUCGAUAUAUGCAUCACCCAAAUUUUACGUCACCGAUGAUGGUGGAAAGUCAUGGAGGGCUCUAACUAUACCCAUCCCUGAAGAAUACCAUAUAGGUACUGAUUGCAUUAUAACUACUCAUCCCACAAAAAAAGAGUAUCUUAUUGCAGAUUGUCCUAGUUAUACACUAAACUCAGGUGUUUUCUAUGGCACAAAUAAAAUAUACCUAACCCAUGACGGGGAAUCCUUUUACAAGAUCGAAUCUUCCUUGAAAGAGAAAGAUGAUGACGAUAUAACAACCUCAAGAUGCAACUUUGUCAAAUCUUGCAAGGACUCUGAUAUUAGCGGUAAUGAUGCUUCGAUAAUAUGUUUGUUCUCCAACAUUAUAUACGAUAGCGAACAUCGCUUAACUGAUACUUACACUCAAUUGGCUUUGAGUAGUGAUGGAGGCAGAACCUUUAAAGAAUUCGAUGAAUUCAAAGAUAAAAUUGUUAAUCGAUACAAGAUAUUGAAGUCUCAUGUGGUCGUUUUAACGCAAGACGACGGGCAUAAUGAGAUGUCAUCUAUGGACAUCUGGAUAUCCAAUGAUGCAUCUACUUUUCAAAAGGCACAACUGCCUACUCAAUUACGGCACGUCAAUGUGAAUGAAAUUGAUGAAGAUUCUAUUGGAAGAAUAAUCAUUCCUAUAUCUACAAUGUUCACAGAUGAGAAAAAUGAUCAACCAGCUCCCUCAGAAAUUUUAAUAUCAGAUUCUCAAGGAUUGAAAUUUUCACCCGUUAAAUGGACACCAAACCAUCAGUUUGGAUAUAUUCGUCUCGCUUCUCCUGAUUUCUUAAAAGGAACAAUAUUUGGAUCGUUUCAUCCUUACAUUGACUACUCUCAUCGCAAAGGAAAAUAUGGUGGAAAGAUAGCAAGAGACGAAACUAAAAUAUCUGUUGAUAACGGCCUCACAUGGUCAAAUUUGAAAGUUGUUGACCGAGAAAACGCAGAUUCAUUCGGAUGUGAUAUCACUAGGUCUGAAAGAUGUUCACUUCAGAACCCUUUUUACCAGCUCGAAGUUUCAAAUCCCUCUGCCGGAAUCAUGUUAAUGACAGGUUCUGUUGGCGAUGGCAGUGAAUUCGAUUGGGAAGACCAAAAAACUUUUAUCUCCAGAGAUAGCGGUUUGACAUGGAGAUUGGCUCAUAAUUCUUCUGGGUUAUAUGCCACUGGUGAUCUGGGAAAUAUUAUUGUGUAUAUCCCAUAUGAUCCAAAUGAAGAUGGCGAUCUGCAAUCAGAAUUUUAUUAUUCUUUGGACCAAGGUGGAACAUGGAGUGAAUAUGAGCUAACUGAUGGUAUAAGUGGUAUCCGUCCAUCCCAAUUGAUUAAUACAACACCAGAUGGAUCUGGCUCAAAAUUUAUUCUAGACGGACAUCUCAUUACUACGACCAAUCGAGAAGGCAAACUCGCAAUCCUUUCAAGUAGUAUCGUGUAUGCCAUUGAUUUUUCAGCUGCAUUUGACCGUAAAACGUGUGAAGAGGAAGAUUUUGAAGAUUGGAAUUUGGCGGAUGGGAAAUGUGUUAAUGGCGCCAAAUACAAGUAUAGAAGGAGGAAACAGGACGCCCGUUGUUUGGUAAAAAAAGCGUUCAAAGAUUUGAGUUUACACGAAAUUCCUUGUAACAGCUGUUCUGCAUCAGACUACGAAUGUUCGUUUGAAUUUGUUAGGGACACAAACGGCCAGUGUGUACCAGAUUAUAAUCUAAUUGCUCUUUCCGAUAUAUGUGACAAAUCGAAGAGUAAAUCUGUAUUAGUAGAGCCAUUACAACUAAUCAAAGGUGAUAAAUGCAAAACACCCAUGAAAAUUGAGCCCGUAGACAUUCCAUGUGACGAAAUCCCUAAGGAGGGCUCGAAUGGCAAGGAAAUAGUGACUACAGAAAACAAAUUUGACUUUGAAAUUCAAUUUUAUCAAUACUUCGAUACAGUUGCGGACGAAUCUUUGGUCAUGCUGAAUUCGAUAGGAGAUGCCUAUAUAUCCCACGAUGGUGGACAAACAAUGAAAAGGUUUGACACUGACGGCGAAAAAAUUGUCGAAGUUGUGUUCAACCCAUAUUUCAAUUCUUCAGCUUAUUUGUUUGGCUCCAAAGGUAACAUCUUUUUAACUCACGAUAGAGGAUACUCUUUUAUGAUAGCUAAAUUGCCUGAAGCCAGGCAAUUAGGUAUGCCACUGGAUUUUAGCGCUAAAGCACAGGAUACAUUUAUUUAUUAUGGUGGUAAGAAUUGUGAAUCAAUCUUAAGUCCAGAAUGUCAUGCCGUAGCAUACCUCACCAAAGAUGGGGGUGAAACUUUUACAGAAAUGCUUGAUAGUGCAAUUCAUUGUGAGUUCGCAGGCACACUUUUCAAAUAUCCGUCAAAUGAGGAGAUGGUUAUGUGCCAAGUAAAGGAAAAGUCUUCAGAAACGAGAAGCUUAGUUUCUUCUGUAGAUUUUUUCCACAGUGAUAAAACAACCGUCUUUGAAAACAUUAUCGGUUACUUGUCUACUGGUGGCUAUAUCAUUGUUGCCGUGCCUCAUGAAAACAAUGAGUUAAGGGCAUAUGUAACUAUUGAUGGUGCUGAGUUUGCCGAGGCAAAGUUCCCAUAUGGUGAAGACAUUGGGAAGCAGGAGGCAUUUACUAUUUUAGGAUCCGAGGAGGGAUCGAUAUUUAUACAUGUGGCAACAAACAUAGAAUCAGGACGCGAUUUUGGUAAUCUUUUGAAAUCCAACUCAAAUGGUACUUCUUUUGUCACCUUGGGGCAUGCUGUUAAUAGAAAUACAUUGGGUUAUGUAGACUUUGAAAAAGUUCAAGGUCUUGAAGGCAUUAUCCUCAUCAACAUCGUUUCGAAUAGUGACAAGGUUUCCGAGAAUAAGGAAGACGAACAAUUGAAGACGAAGAUCACCUUUAAUGAAGGUUCAGAUUGGAACUUUUUGAAACCUCCAAAGAAGGAUUCGGAAGGGAAAAAGUUUUCUUGCGAUUCUGUAUCAUUAGAUAAGUGUUCUCUACAUUUGCAUGGCUACACUGAACGUAAGGAUAUAAGAGAUACAUAUUCUUCCGGUUCUGCGUUGGGAAUGAUGUUUGGUGUCGGAAACGUCGGGGAUAGGCUUCUACCAUAUGAGGAGUGUUCCACUUUCUUAACCACUGAUGGAGGAGAGACGUGGGCUGAAGUUAAGAAAGGCUCCCAUCAAUGGGAGUACGGUGAUCAUGGUGGAGUCUUAGUUCUGGUGCCUGAAAAUGCAGAAACUGAUUCUAUUUCCUACUCCACUGAUUUUGGUAAAACAUGGAAAGAUUAUAAGUUCUGUGGUGAUAAGGUCUUCGUAAAGGACAUUACCACCGUUCCCAGAGAUUCUGCUUUAAGGUUUCUGCUAUUUGGAGAAGCAAAAAACAUGGGGAGUGGUUCAUUCAGAACAUACACAAUCGAUUUUAGAAACAUCUUCGAGAGGCAAUGCAAGUUUGAUAUUACCAGUAAAGAAAGCGCAGACUUUGAAUACUCUCCUCUGGGUUCCCAUAAUGGUUGUCUAUUUGGCCAUAGAACAGAAUUUUUACGUAAAACCGAUGAAAAGUGUUUUAUUGGAAAUGUUCCACUUUCUGAAUUUUCCAGGAACGUCAAAAACUGUCCAUGUACAAGACAUGAUUUCGAGUGUGACUAUAACUUUUAUAAAGCCAAAGAUGGUACUUGUAAAUUAGUCAAAGGCUUAAGUUCAGCCAAUGCUGCCGAUAUCUGUAAAAAGGAGCCAGAUUUAAUUGAAUAUUUUGAAUCCUCCGGCUAUAGGAAAAUUCCCUUAUCAACUUGUAAAGGUGGCCUGAAAUUGGAUGCCCAUUUAGCCCCACACCCUUGUCCCGGAAAAGAAUGGGCAUUCAAAGAAAAAUACCCUAUAAACACCGGUGCUUAUGUAUCGGUGUUUGUUACAAUUCUUCUCGUUAUUUUCUUUGCCGCAUGGUUUGUAUAUGAUAGAGGUAUCAGAAGAAAUGGGGGGUUUUCAAGAUUUGAAGAAAUUAGACUAGGAGACGAUGGACUGAUAGAAAACAAUAAUACUGAUAGAGUUGUCAACAUCAUUGUUAAACUAGGAUUAUACCUUUCUUUAAUUACCAAGUCUGCGUUUCAACACACGAAGACAGGUGCAGCACACUUUUCUUCAAAAUUAAGGGCAAGGUUUGGAAACAAAAAGGGUCCUACUUACUCUUCGCUGCUUCAUGAUCAGUUUUCAAAUGAAUCAGAUGGCUUGCAUGAAGACGCCAACGAUUUAUCCAGUUUCACAGAUCAAGGCAGUAAUUUUGAAAUCGAGCAAGAAGAUGCUCACAGACCUGAACAAGAGCGCACGUCACAGACAGACCAGCCUGCCACUAGCGAUAUUCCAGACGCAUUGCCAGCACGUAGUUCCGCCCACAAGCCUGAUUCAACUGCUACGCGCAACGAGGACGAGUAA